ACAUGAGGGGGGUAUCAUAAUUCAGGGAAAUAUCUCAUGUGACUGUCGGUGGCAAACCAUGUUGCUGUAGACCAGUAAGCUGGCGCCGCUGUUUCUGGCGAUGGUGAUGGUGAUGGUAGUGUUGAGGGAAGACGGUGUCUUUUCCAGUCUUGAUGUGAACUGGAGCUGGUGACACAUUAGGGGAAACACGCAGUCAGACUGGUCGUCUUCCGCUCAUAGAGCCAGGGUACUUUUACGGAUUUCAUCGAGAUGGCUUGGAGAGUGGGAAGAACACGGUCGUUUUAUCGGCCAAUCCUUUAUUUAAACUAAGGCUGGUAUUGUUUCUGUCUGGGGGACUCAGAGGAAAAGAAAAAGCUCGCAGGGGAACCUAACUGCGCGGCGUGGACAUAGCCUGAAAUACAACGCUUUUAUCAUCGUGCACAAGAACAAGAAAUGAAUAACGGUGUGAAGUGAGGUGACGGCUGCUGCUGCUGCUGCUCUUGUUACACAAUGAUGUGGUGAUGACCUGGAUGGUGCCAUGUGAAUGACUGAAGACCAUGAAGCCCACACACAAGCUGCUGUUUGUCCUGUGCCCCAUGCUGGUCCUGGGCUUUAUUUACUACUCCUCCGGGAAACUACAUCUAAACGUUUGGGGCCAGAAGCCUCACAAUGAUGCAGAAGAGGCAACUGUAGUCCUGACUAAAGGGACUGAAGUUAAAAGAAUUCCAGAGGUGGAACCAGACCACAGCGAGGGACCAAUAGUAAGCUCAGUGUAUGAUAAGCAGGGCUUUCUGCUGCAGCUGGACGCAAAACUGCCAUUGGAGUUGGCAUACAAGUAUGGCAACCUCAGCGAAGGAGUGUGCAAGCCAGGAUAUGCAGCAGCCAAGAUGACCACCAUCUUUCCUAAGUUCAUGAAACCAGCACCCAUGUUUCUUGAUCGGAACUUCAAACGUUUAGGAAAAGUCAGCAAUUACUUACCCCCAUUUGGUUUUAAAACACAAGAGAAAACCAUAGACAACAUUUUAACUGCCACAAAAAAUUAUGGACUUGGAGAAGAGCUGGACAGUCUCAGCUGUAAGAGAUGCAUCAUCGUGGGCAACGGAGGCAUCCUGUCCAACAAGUCUCUGGGCUCUCGUAUAGAUGACUACGAUGUUGUAGUGAGGUUGAAUGAGGCUCCAGUCCGUGGUUAUGUCAAAGACGUAGGGACCAAAACCACCAUGAGGAUUACCUAUCCAGAGGGAGCUAUCCAGAGGCCUGAAAACUAUGAAAAAGACUCACUUUUUGUUUUUUCCGCUUUCAAACCACUGGAUUUCAAGUGGCUGAAACAGAUGGUCUUCAAGGAGAAACUGAAAAAUAUAGAUGGUUUUUGGAAGUCGGUGGCUCACUCUGUCCCACGGGAGCCAACCAAGAUGAGAAUCCUGAACCCCUACUUUAUCCAGGAGGCUGCCUUCCAGUUUAUAGGCCUGCCCUUUAACAAUGGUGUCAUGGGAAAAGGAAACAUUCCAACGUUAGGAACAGUCGCUAUAACGAUGGCACUGCAUAACUGUGAUGAGGUGGCGGUGGCAGGUUUCGGCUAUGAUAUGAACACACCCCACGCACCUCUGCACUACUAUGAGACUGUCAAGAUGUCCGCCAUUAAAGAGUCAUGGACACACAACAUAUCCAAGGAGAAGGAGUUCCUCCGCAAGCUGGUGAAGGCCAACAUCAUCACAGACCUGACCAACGGUAUCUGAGUUUACAACCCACCCACAGUCUCCCUCUGCCUUUCCCAAAGGACUACAGAACAGGAAGCUGGGAAAUGGAUCGACCCAGGGAGUGAGAACCCUUAGAAUCCAGGUGGCCUGCACACUGCCGGGGUUUUUUUUUUUUUUUUUAUCAAAAGGAGAUUAUUUCAAAUUUUAAAAAAAGAUACAGGAGGGUUUCUGUGGAGAGAUGCACACAUGUGCCUUCUGAACCAAAGACUCCUGCUGAUUGAAGCGGGGGUGGCGAGGGGGCCCCAGGGAGGACUGGAUCUGCCCGAUUCCUGGAGACAGUCGCAGAAAAGCUCCGCCGGCCCCCAACGGCUUCAACGUUUACCACUUCAAACCCCUGAGUAUCACACGACUUGAAAGCCGAGGUGACAUGUUGACAUGCAGAUGUCAGGGGUUUAGCUUGACUUACUGGCUAACUAAAUGAAGAGAAAGAAGAGAGAGGGAUGAGAAGAGGACUGUCACAGAGAUUGCGCUGGGAUGGGUUGAGUAUUAGCAGUGCCAAACGUACCUCGUACAGGGGAGAGGUCGCCCUCCUCUCCUUUUGCUGCCUGAAUGUAUUCACUUUCCUCAGUGUAAAUAUCAAAGAUUUUUACUGUGCUUUUUAACAAGCUGCAGCAAACCCCCACCCCUGUCCCCGCCCCACCCACCUGCCAUUUGUCCAUUCAUUCCUUGACUUUUUUACAAUCUGUCCAGGGUCCAAAAUUAACACUUGCCAGAUGACAGCAGAUAAAUCAGUGAGGGUCACCUGCCACACAGACUGGAGUUACUUUGAGACACAAACAUUAUAAUGUUAAUUAAAAUACAGUUUUCGCUGUAAAGCCUCUAUAGAGGAACUGUAUUAGUGACCCUAUAACAAGGUGCUUGUAAAGCUGGCAGAGUGAUUGAGUGUGUUUUUCUGAUGUCUGGAUGGUUAGUUAUCCCCAUGUUUCUGCUCAGAUCAGGUGAGAGGCCACCAAAAACAAAAAAAUUAAAAGUAUUCAAGAGAAACUAGAUUUGUUUGUUUUAAAUGGUGAUUUUAGCUUUAAGACUCUACACUACAGUACAUAGACAGCACACAUUUGACAAAUGUAUGUUGAUUGUUUUGAUCUAUCUAAGUUAUUUGUGACUUUUAUUUUCUUAAAUUAACCAGCUCUGGCAGGUGAGCCCCAAAGUGAAAUUUUCCAUUUGUAAAUCCUUCCUCCUCUCAUUUCAUUCGUGCCACAGUACUGUCUUCAUCCCUUCAUCAGCUGUGAGCCUUCAGGCUGUGGCAGAGACAUACACAGUCGAGGAGAGCAGAGACUGUAUGUCAGAUCCCUCUCCCAACAUCCUGUUGCUGCAGACUUUCUUGUUCGUCAGUAAAUGGUGGAAUCUCGGAUUGUAGAAUAUAAAUAUAUAUAUUUUUUGUUUUUAGGUUAAUUUUAAUAAUUUAUUUUGUUACAAAGUCCUGAUGUUUUGGUCACAGGCAGGCCUGCUUUCCAUUGUUUUGUUCAGAGAAAACACAAAUGGUUGAAAUUUGUGUUUGGAUUUUGCCACCAUGUGCUUCCUCGGAGACUGCAUCUCUUAAAUUAGCGGCAGAAGCAGUGUUGUGAUUGAAUCCACUAAUGAAUUGGCUUAGUGUUAAACGUCAGCAGCCCUUUGUAGUUGAGGGUCUUGCCACAUUUUUCAGUAUUUAUAUGCGGCAUUAACACACAGUAGAAACUGUUAAGUAUUACACAAACAAUCUUGUUUCCUUCCAUCAAAAAAAGAAGUCUGAGAAUGUCAAAAUGCUCAUAAUUUUAUAAUAUGAAUGCGAAAAUCAGCUUUAUGUAGUGAUGGUGCAUUUUAAACUUUUUUUGGUCAAAAGACAAUUCAGUAUGUUUCAUUUUUUUCUUUGGAAGUGUAUAUUUACUGUACAUGUACAUUGUACAUAAAGAUUUACUUCCAGUACACACAUUCAGUUUGUUGCUGCUGUUGUUACAUUUGUUACAUUGCUCCGUCACGUUUCUUUUCUUGAUUUAGUUUCCACAAACACUGCUGGGAUCGUGCAGCCGCGUGUCCUACCCAGUCCCUUCAGAACAGAUCCACUGGGUUUGAAGGAAUGGUUCAUUAUUUUCAAAAAUGAGGCCCAGUUUUUUUUGUUUUUUUCUUUUUUCUUAUUAGUUUCUUGAGAGCCAGAGUACAGGGAACAGCUGACCAUUGCACUAUCAUGAGGCACUCUCAGUGCCUUACACCUCAUCACCUGGAAAACUGUGGGGAAGAGUUGGACGUAGGAAAGUUACCGCAGCUGAUUCAGCUCCAGGUCAAGACAGGUCACUCCUCACAUAUUUGGGACCAGUCCAUUUCAUAUGAGUACUGUAUGUUCAUUAUAUAUACAGUGUGGGAAGACUUUAAGACUGGUACUGCUGGUGGUUUUGUAUGUUUUACCCCAUAAACUACAUAUUCACUAGUGUAUUUUAAAUGUUGGCUACUAAACAGCAACUGUUUUAAUGCAACAAUGACCAAAUUCACUUUUCACUUCAUUUAUUAUUGCUUAUUGUUUGUCUGUGAUGCAGCUCCUCAGUUCCAUGGUCUUUGGCAGCUGACUGUUAAAGGGGAACUCCGCUGAUGUCACACAUGAGGAGUACAACUCUGUUGUAUAAUGUCGCUCUGGAAGAAGCUUUUUUAGGGACUAAAAGAGGAUAGAUUUGAACAUCCCCCAGCUCUGUGGAGGUACAAUGCUAAAUCACUGGAGUACCACUUUAAUGCUUGAAUGUUAAAUGCACGAGGAAAGACAGUUUGAAAAUGGUAUGGUCCCUACUGACUGCCACUGCACCAUAUCAUGUUAACUUUGACAUAAAAUAGAGGCAAAUGUUAAAGAAAAACAGUUGUGAUAAACAAGAUACUAAAAUAUUAGGAACCAGUUGCUACAAUUUUUAUAGUAUGUCGAGGGAAAUGGUCACUGAUAAUAUAAAAUAUGUGUCCACAGUGACAGUGGGCUAAAACAUGCUAAACCACCAGUAUAGUCUUUAAAGCUUUGAGAAUAAGCAGAUCCUCAUCAGAAAUAAACCCUUUUCUUUGUCUAUUUUUUUUUUUUUCUUAAAGUAGGUUUUGAGUUUUAUGAAUGCUGGAGGAGUUCAAAUGGAUUGGACCCAAAUUGCCUCUUUUAAUAUCCUCUACAUUAUAAAACAGAAUGUAUUCACUCAUCCUAUUUAUAAACCUUGAUUGUUUUUAGUUUGUUAUUUUUAACAUUUCACCUUCAUCAGUGGGAAGUCAAAGUAUUACUGUUUGUUUUUAUAUAUAUAUAUAUAUAUAUAAAUGGCUUUCUGCGACUCAAUAAAUAAGUUUGUAAUGGAUAUUUGCCUGUGCAUGUUUGCAUCUUUUGAUUCUGUGGAGCAACUGGAUAUAUCUUUCCCCAACAGCUCUACAGUAUUUUUUUUUUUUUGAGUUGUAUUUUUCUUGUUGUAUAAAUGUAACUCUGUACACUGUGAAUUUUCAGUAUAUAUAGUAAAUAUUUUUUAAGUA